UGUCCCUUCGGCGCCUACCAAUUAGCCGAGAGUCGGCAUCAAGCCCCCGACCAGUCAACAUGAUGGCAAAAGUGGUCAUUGCAUUGGUGCUGCUGGCGCUGACAGUGUGCGGCGCUAGCGGCCAAGGCAAGGGCUUGGGCCGCGGCAGAGGCCAAGGUCACGGUCAAGGUAACGGCCAAGGUCACGGCCACGGACGAGGCAAGAAGGGCGGACCUGUUGCUGUUGGAGGGCCCCUGGCGUCAGGCCCACUCCCAGGCAGCGGAGGCGGCGGCCACUUUCGCGAGUCCGGUGGAUUUCGGCAGACUGAGGGCCACCGGGUUGAAGAAGGCUUUGAGCAAACCGAUUCCUUCAACCGAGGCCAAGGCAACGGGGCUGGUUUCUUGGCCACCAACGCCGGAGUGCUUGAGUCGGGUCUCUUGCAGCAGGUCAAGGGCAAGUUCAAGAUCAUGGGCAAAGUUCGUGGAUACACGGCCGCCAGCUCCUUGCAGCAGCAGCAGGGACAGUAGCCACGAAACCACCGCCAAAACAGCCCAUCGCCGCACGAGCUCUGUCGAAACCAUUUUAUUAGCGAAGAACGGAGGCGAAUUCUCUCUUUCCUUUGAAAGACAAUGAGUUUCUUAGCGAGUUACCACCACUUUUCCUUAUCGGGUACGUGUGUCUCUAGCCUUUUUCUAGGGCCGUUCCCGAUGAUAGUGCAGUCUAAUAAACGUCUGGGCCGUUCCCAUGGGUAUGUGCAGUCGAAAAAUGUCGAUUCUGAAAAUAGUGCCGUAAAAAAGAAAAAAGAAAAGAAAAACCUGAGGGGGAAAAGAGCAGCCCGCGACGCUCAUCCUGCUCCCCUCACGCGAGGAGUGACGCAGUAGUGUUGUGCGCAGUGACUUUGACCCUUUCUCAACCCCAACUCGCUCAGGAAGACCUUCUUUGAUCGCCUUUAUUUUUUUUUUUUUAGAAAAAGCUUGAUGUUUGCCGCUCGGUAAGCUAAUGCGUACGAUAAAUACUAAGAGGGGCUCUUAAGUUCUUGCAUAGUGACUUUGAAAGAAUGGACUGAUCGAAAUACGAGCGCAAUAAGACGGUGAAAGUAUUUCACCCGCAUAUGUCUUGCUACAGAUUUUAUUGUGAUAUGAACAGCAUUGUUCUUGGUUAAUCUAAUCUACAGUUCCAAAACGCCCAACUUAUCAUUUUUUAUACUCCGAAUUUGAUAGUUGAAAAUUCUAUUUAAGUGCAUGGGGCAGGAAAGAACGUAAAGCCCAUAGCAUAUAGCGUUUUACAGCGAGGGGAGUUUCGCAACCAUUACGCGGCACAUAGGGGAGGGAGCGUUCGACGGCGAACUCGGUAUCAAUCAGCAACGCAGCCUGCGUCCGAGUCCCGAAUUUUCGCUUUAAAACGUAAUUAUCAUUUACUGUAAAAUAAAAGUUACCUCCGUUGAGCGGUUUC